GGCUUCUUGUGAUUGAUUUGUCGCUGGCGCGCGGCUUAGGAUGGAAGCGCGCAGCGCAGAACUCGGCGUGAUGAAGAGAGACCUUCAUGUGCCCGCUCGUCCUGCUUCUCCCGCGUGUAAAAGUCCUAUGGACCGUAAUUGGUUAUCGUUGAAAAGCGGGCGAGGAAUUGGGAGUGAGUUCUCGGUCCCUGUGUGCAAUCGACACUGGCUGUCCUUGGAUAUAACCAACGGCGAGGCCUGUCAGGGCAAGGGUUCAGACCUCGCGGAUGCCGCGUGUCAUGCAGCGGGCCAUCCCGAUUCGUCCUGUGGCGUUGAUCAGGAGGUAGUGGAGGCGAAACCGGAAGCUGCAGCGAAGUCUACCACGAUGGCUCGUCCGCGGUUUGCUUCCCCUACUGACCUGUGCGUUUCGCGGAGAGAGAAGGAGAAAGGAGUAGCAGUGGCUGCGCCUGUUGUUUCCUCCGAGCGCGGGGAUGACUCUUCUCCGCCGGCGUUUGCGGUAGCAGAGGCGGAGAGCAUGCGCCAGAGAAAAGCAUUCACUGUGGAUCGCGGAAUGCAAACGCCCGCUGCUGCGCCUGUUGUUUACUGCGAGCGGGGGGUUGGUAAUGGUUCUCCAGCACCUUCGACAUCGCCGACAACUGCCUUUUCAGAUGCAGAGAGGUGAGCGCAGACGGCCAGUACCAAUGUAGAUGGACUGGGCGAGAUUGGUGUUGACGUCAGGGGAAACGAAUCGAGGAGCUUGGGCGUCGAUGGGGAUGUGGACGGGGGUGCGGUGGAGGACGGCGAGGAAGACGAGUGUGUGAUUAUCGAGCAGCCCCCGGGGAAGGAGUGGACCGGCGGCGGUUUGAGUAGGAGGAGGAUGACGUCUGAGGAAGGGAAGGGCCAUCAUCUAGAUGGCCUCGUGGCGGAAAAUUGUCGUGGUACCGCAGUUGGAGAUACUCAAGUGGAAGAAGCGAAGAGGAGAGGAGGUGAUACUGCAGAUGAUGAUGAUGAUGAUGAUAAUGUUGAUGAUGAUGAAGAUGACGACGAGGUGGUGGUUUUGGAGAAUGGAGGACCAGCGGCCACUCCUAUAUUGAUCAAUCUUGAUAGUGAGGACGAGGAGGAGAACGGUGGUAGCGAUGACGACGAGGAGCCCAGCUGUCACGACGACGUGGUUGAACAGCCAAACACAUGUGCCUCGCCUUCCAAUUGUCAGUCCCAGUGUAGUUGUGACUUGGGAGACGUCUCGUCAAUUUCCGCAGCGACAACGGCCGCCGGUGUGGGAUGUGAUGUGGACGGCGGCUCUUGCGUCGGGAAUGGGCGGGAACGGGGGGAGAACGCCGGGAGUAAGACGAAGGGGACGGUGGUGGUUUCUUCCUCGACGGCGAUCACGGUACCGAAGGCGGAGGUCUGCUGUUCGCACUGCGGUAGAAAGAAAUCCUCAGAGGAAGAAGAAGCGCUUUCUGCACCGUUAGAACGGCCUUCGGCAGUGAUAGAAGAAGAAGAAAAGGGUCUUUCGCAAGAGAGGAUAGCAACGGAAGAGAGAGGAAAAGGGGGCGGUGGAGGCGAUGAGGCAACGGCCUGUCUCAUCGUAGAGGGUGUUGGAGAGCAUCAGAGGGUUAAGACUGAACGUAGCACCAGCUGCCAGCGUCAGGCGGAGCUGAGCAGGUGUCACGUGAACGCCGGUGGCAAUAUCGAAGAAGGGACAUUGUCUCCGCCCUUAGUCGCUGUGAAAGGUAUAACAACAAAUUGGGAGGAGGGGAAGAAGGGUCAGCAGGGUGGAGAAGGUAGUCUGCUGGGCGCGGGGAUGGAUGAUGAUGCCAGCUCGGCACAACGUUUGGACGAUAAUUACGAGUGCUCUGCUGCUGCUGCUGUUGCCUCUGCGGCCGCCGGUGUUGUCGAUUCCGUGGCGGGCCGUGGAGGGGGGGAUGCCACGUCGGACGAUGGAAGUGUGGUUGAGGUUCAGGAAGUUGAGGAGAGAGCGAUGAAGUUGGAGGGAGAGAAGAAGGACGGGUCACACGUGCGGCAUGGUGAAGAUGCCGCUGAGCGCGCAGGCAAAGGUGGUGGUGGUGGUAGCGGGAGGAAAGCUGCGCUCUCUGAUGGAGGUAGUGAAGCGGUGAUGGGUGCUCCUGAACUGACGACUUCGUCAUCUGAAACGGGUGGUCGGAAGGUCGUGGGUGUUCUCGAGAAGAGGGGUGAGGACGGCGGGAAGAAGCAUGGGUGUUGCGUUAUGGCCGCUGUCGAUGAUCGGAACGACUUUUCGUCUAACAACGCCGGCACAGCGGGCGAUGGUAAUGCGGAGAACGAGUGUUUCCCCCAGGCGGUUGAUCUGGAGGCGAAGUGUAGCAAUGACUCUAAGCUGCGUGCUUCGUCUUCCUUUUCGGCAUCAUCGCCGCCAUCGUCUUCGUCAUCAACAGACGAGGAUGAUAAAGUGGGAAGUGUGAAGCAGUCUUCGAGAAGGGACAUCUGCUCUCCUACGGCCGCUCUUCCUCAUCCUCCUGCUUCGGAAGGGUGCGCAGUGCUAUUUGUCGACUCAGCUAAGCUGCAGGAAGAGGGGGAGCAGCAUUAUGUAGAACGGACUCGUCGCCUUGAUGAUCACGAAGUUGGGACGAAGGGCUCGUGUUUGGGAGGUAAGCAGAAGAACGGCGUCAUUCUUGAAAGGCUCGACAAGGGUCAGGACGUAGUAGAGGGGGAAUGGGCGAACGACCGACGCAACAACUCUGUUGAAAGCGUAGCUGGUCGUGAGUGCAGGUGUGCGCCUGGGGGGCUGCUGGUGCUGAACAAUCGUCCGAAUCUGAGGAACUCGGGGUGGGGGAAUGCCGUUGAUAAACCGAUUAUUCUCGACGACGACAGUGACGAUGAUGAGGAGGAGGAGGUGAAGGAAAAGCCGGUCAAGCCGAACACUGCUUUUGUGAGCCCGGAGCCCUGCUGCGUCCAUUCUUUUCGGUGUCUGGCAUUACCUUUAGCUGGGGAUGGAGGUGAUAGAAACGGAGAAGAGCGGCGAGAAAGAGAGCUGGAUGCUGACGUAUGCCGUGCGCCAGACAAAGCGGACGAGCGGAUGGAAAGGAUAGCAGCUAGACGGCCAGGCGAGGCUUCGUCUCGCUUCGCCUCUGACCCUGCCGCGGGAGUCUGGGAGCAGGAGGGGGGGAACGAAUCGGAGGAGAAGAGAAAUAAGUCAAAACGGGAGGAGUCCCGGAUGACAUCAGUCUGUUUGAAUUGCCAAUCUAGGAAAGAAUCUGUGGCCAUCAUAGAAGAAGAGGGUGAAGCGAGGGGGGGGAAAAGGACGAGAGAUGACGUGUGUGCUGCUGCGCCGGCGGUGUCACGAGAAGCGGCAUCGGUUGGAGAGCAACGGCGAGAACAAUCUGUAACAACGGAAGCGAAAGUGCAAGUGGGGCGCUCGGUUUGCGGUCAUCAAGAUGUAGCAGCUGAUAGUAGUCGACCUUUGAAGAAGCAGAAGCAAGAUGAUGAUGAUGUGACGGAUGUAGAUAAGAAGAUGACCUGUCCUGAUCUCGUUAUCGUAGCGGAAGAGGAUUGCAAAGCGGAGGGUACCGUGGAGGGAGUGGCAGGGUGGUCUAGAAGGGAUGGCGGGAAGCUGAGAACGAGGUGGACAACGGUUGCUGACCUUCCGUCGCAGGAUUAUCUGGGAUCAAGCAGCGGCGGUGCUGGUCGGCAUGCUUUCAUUGGCGAUCAUAGUGAUGGAAAUGGAGGUCAAUCCCGAUGGGAUGAACAGGGGAGGAAGUUUGCUGGCGACGUUGAUGGUGGUUCCAUCUGGUAUGGUGGCCAAGGACAGCAGCAGCAACAGCAUGUCGAAUGCCUGAUGCCGACAAACGCUCCUGUGAGGGGGGGUAGCUCUAAUAAGGGAUUGCAGCAGUUCAAGGGUGAAGCAGAUGUCGCCGGUCGAGAGGGCGAUACUGACGAUUGUAUGAUGCGAAGUGAUCCAAAAACCAAGGUGAUGGAUACGGUAGAGAUCACAGAAUUGCAACGUCGUGUUGUUAGCGGAGGCGAGAGUUGCCGGCGGGAACAGGAAUGGUCCUUCUGGAACUCGGCAGAGCCUCUCUUCCAAAACGUGCGCAGGGACAGAAAGGAUGGCGGAAAAGCUGGAUCGAGGUCGAACUGUGUGAUGCUUCCGUCAUCCGGCUUUCCUGUUGGGUGCGAACAGAAUCUUCUUCGUCGCUGGGGUAUGGACAUUGGGGAGGUGGUUGCAGCAGGUAGUGGUGGCUGUGGGACGGUGACUGGGAAUUGUGAAAAAAAAGGGAGUCGAGAGGCUAUGACGUCCUGUUUCCCGCCGGGAAAAGCCGGUGAUGUAGACAAAAAGGCUUAUCAAGCAGUGCCCGCUCAGGAGUACAACAACGGUUGUGGGCGCACGGCGGACUCGGAAAGGGGAGGAGCGAGUGGGAAUCUGAGCAAUGGUGGCUGCUGUCCAUGGGCGGCGGUGGUGGGUGUUGGGGGUAUACGUCAGCAGCAGCAGCAGCAGGAGGCAGUUUCAUUUCGUGAAGGCUAUGAGUGUCAUCGCGUGCCCAGCUUGAACAUGGGGGGAAGAGCAGCAGUGCCGGUAGGAGUAAGUGCGGCAGCAAUGGCAACAGGAGGACGAACGGCUGCAGCAGUAGGAGUAGCUGAGUUGACCAUUGGAGGGCUGGGAAGAGGUGUACCCGCAGCCGCAAUGCCACGAGCAAAAGAACCAGCGCAGGUCAUUCUUGGUGGCUCACAGAGUGCUCGGGUCGCAGCAGGUGGAGAUUUUAUGUGUGUUGCCACGCGUUUGAGGGACCCCCAGGUUAACAGCCGCGAACAAACUCUCUCAAGGGUAGUGGACGACUCCGCCAGUCAGGGACGUUGCCAGAACUGGGAAGGCAACUGGGUGAGUAAUGGGCUGUCAAAUGACAGACUCGACGUGCUUGCCUCUGUGCCAAUCAAUGUGGCUCAGGGCUUUCGUUUUGGGAAGGUGGAGAACCUGGCAGAGAAAAGGUUGCCCCAUCCACAAGGGCUUACACCUUGGCCUUGUCCUCUGACUUCAGAGGGAAUAGGACUCACAGGAGGUUGGAAAGCCUCCCAGGGUCAAGUUGGGAACGUUGGAGGGGGCGUUGUGCCAGGUAGACCACAACUUGCUGUCGGUGUGGCUGCGCAGCAGCCGAGAUGCAUGGCGAAGCAAGACCAGGUUGUCCGUGAGGACAGGGCGGAGGAAUGGACGAUGAACAGAGUUGCUCCGCGUGUCAAGCUGGAGGUAGUGGAUGACUGUGUAGGCCGCCACUCGAAUUACUCAUUCUUCCCCAAUCUGUCUUCGACUCCUUCCCUCCUUACUCCCAAUGGUGUCGACGUGAGAGGAACGGCGCUUCGUUGUGCGGGAAGAGGGGAAAGGUGUAACCAUGAUUGUGGUUGCGGGUUGGGGAAAGGAGAUACGAACAAGGGUGGGGGUCAGUUGGCGGGAAAGAAGGCUGAUUGCUUGGGAGGUGGGUUGAUUGCUGGACACGGGGAAGACAGGAAGGGGGCGAUGCGGAUUGGAGGUUCGUCACCAGUUAUGCCUGUUGGUUUAGUCACGCACCCUGCUUUACAAACCCUCGUAUGUCCAGCUGUAUCCCCAGCUGUUUGUGCGAGGCCAGCAGGCGAAGUUACCUCCGCGUGCAACAUUGCCGUCUCUUCUGCUGAGAAACGGAAGGUGAAGGAGGAACAUGAAGUCGAACAUCAUGGUGUGGACGGAGUUAAGCGGCAGCGGAUUUCAGAGGAGGGCAAUGGUGCCCGGCGAGGAAGUGAGGGUGCGGCUCAGCCAGGUGCCAGCUGGAUGGGGCCGGCACCUUUGCAGCGCCAGGUACCUUCCUGCUGUGCUGCUGCAGUGACUCCUGGCGUCAGAGCAGAGGCCAAGCAGCAGUGUCCAGAUACUGGUAACAAUGCUUCUGGUUCCUGUUCAGCUGGAGAAGACGAUGAGGGAAGAGAGGGUGCGGCUGAGGAGGAUCCCGGUCGCAAUUCGGGUGGGCCUGUCCGGCUCCCCGCUGGAGGUGAGCAGCAGCAAGAGAAGCCUGAAAUGACCGGUCAUGUUGCGGCUGCUAGUGGGAUGGAAAUGCCUGACGAUUUCCUUCUCUGCCGAGAGGUCAAGGUGGAUGGUGAAACUGACGUUUUUGGGGACGAUUUCAUUUCUGGGCCGGACGAUCUGGAACAGGUGCGUCGUAUGGCCUUGGCAGGGGCUCCCUGGUCCACGUCGCUUGGGACGACGGUUGGUGCCGUUGCUCAGGAACAGCUUGGAAUCCGUCCUGCGAUGAUGGUAACGGCCGGGAAAGAGUUGACUACUAGGAGGUGGGCUCCAGACCUGCCAAGAAGCGCGGGAGAUUAUCUUGACGAUGAACAGCUGGACGAGAAUGAUGAGGAAGAGGAACUAAGGGAGGAUCUGUCAGGAUUGAUGGACAACAGCUGCCCCCUUCAGUCUGUAAGGACUGCAGAAGUGUUGGAAGGACUGGGAGGCAGCAAAGAGGGGCAAUUGCCUACAAGUAAGGACUGUAGUGCUGCUGCAGGACAAAUAGGGGAACACCAAAGAAUGCGAGAACGGUGUGCUGGUGCUGAGUCUGCAGCAAGAAGUGGGAAGGUAGGAGGUGUCUGUCAUAGUCGGGGAGGGGAGGCCUGUGGACAUGCGGAGGCUGUCGCCGGACAUGCUGUGGGAAGCUCUGAGCAAUUGAAUGGCCGGGAAGGGCGAGUGGCUGAAGGUGGAAGCGGAGGGGGGUUGCAGGGAAAUCAAAGAGCACCUUUAUGUCCACCACAUAUGGAUAGAAUGGCAUUUCUAUCUUCUGUUAUUCAGAAUCAGUGUGGAACGGGAAUAGAGGAACAGCCAACGAGUCUGUUUGUAAUGCGAGUGUCCUAUAUCUUGACCCUCGGCUUGGAGCAGCUAAGGGAGAAUGCCCCGUGCAUGCGGUGUUCGGUGAUGUGCCCAUCUGGCGUCAAAAAGGAGUGGGAGACCGUCGAACGUAGCCACCUGAUAUAUCACUGGCUGGCAAGGGAAUUGGACAUUUACAAUGAGCGGCUAGAGUUUCUGAGCCGUAAAGAUAAGGUCAAAUAUCAAAAGGUGCAGGUGCGAUCGAAGGUUGUACAGAUCAUGGGAAGGGAGGGAGUGAGGAUAAAUAGGGAGAAAGCGGUUGGCCACGUGCCAGGGAUUGGUGUGGGCAGCAAGUUUGCUGAUCGUGCAGAAAUGACCGUUUUGGGAUUACACAGUCAGAUGCAGGCGGGGAUAGAUUACAUGUCAUCAAAAGAUUCAGUGGUGGGAGAGGUGGUGGCCACUGCUAUUGUCAUCAGUCCCGGCUACUAUGAGGAUGAUGUGGACGUGGGAGAUCGCAUUGUAUAUACUGGGUCAGGAUGCAAUGCGAAGAGUAUGACAACGAAGCAGAAACGGAACCUAGUCGCUGCAAAUGCGGAACAUAUUUCUGGCUACUUGACUGACGGGAAGACCUUAGUAGAUCCUGUUUCUAUCAACCAAAGAGGUCAUCAACGGCUGUCUGGUGGCAAUUUGGCUUUGAGUAACAGCUGGAAGUAUGGGCUGCCUGUCAGGGUGAUCAGAGGGACAAGGGAGGGCGGGAACCAGUUUUACACCUAUGCUGGACUCUUUCUCGUCUCACGGUGCUGGUACGAGAUGGGUCGCUCUGGUUUCUCCGUUUGGAGAUUCGAACUGCUCUUGAUCGACGAAUCGUCGCUGCAAAGACGGCCAACAGCUGGAGCAGUUCCACCAGGAGGAUUGUCGGCAGCAGCAGUGCCGAGAGUUGUCUCUCCAUCGACUGCACCAGCGUCAUCCGCACCAGAAGGGUCAUCGCUACAAUCAGCAACAUUACCCACGGCGACGGCAGCAGCGGCAACGACUCCUGUGGCAGCUGGAUCAGCUGAAGGUGGUGGUGAAAAGUCUUUAGCUGAAGGAGAAAAAUCCUCUGCUGCAGGGCCUGCAGUAGACCUUUCAGGGGUUGUCCGACAAAACAUCCAUGUACGACUGGUUGGAAAGCCAGAGCUGCAAGCAGCGGCAAGAGCCGUUCCACAAUCAACCACAUCGAUGUCACCCAUAGCAGAAGCGUCAGCAAUCCCAUCAGCAGCAUUACACACGGCAACGGUCUUACCUGCAGGAGCCCCAUCAGUAGCAUUACACACGGCAACAGUGUUACCUACAGGAGCCCCGAUGGCAGGUGGAUGGACCGAUGGUGGUGGUGAAAAAUGUUUAGCUGAAAGAGGAACAUCCUUGGCUGCACGAGCUGCAGCGAAUCUUGCGUGGGUUGUUAAGCCAAAGAUCCACGUCCCGGUGGUUGUCAAGGCAGAGCCACAAGAAGAUUGUGACUGCAUUUUUCGCAACUGUCACCAUCAAUUUGGGUUGCAAGCUCAUCAUCUACAUCCAAUGGGCCCUAUGGCAUCGGUACAGGUGGCAGUGGGAUCAACAGUUGAUAGUUGUAGAAAGACUUCAGCUGCAGGAUCUGCAGAAGCAGACCCACGAGAGGGGGUCAGAGCAGGGAUACCUGUCCCACAGGUUAAGUCAGACGCACGAGAGGGCAUCAGAGCAGGGAUACCUGUCCCACAGGUUAAGUCGGAGCCAGUCGAUGAUGGUGGCUGUGUUUUUAGUGGUCACCAUCAGUGUGCCUUGGAUGUUGCACAUCCACCGCCACCUCCAGUACAACGCGGAGCUUCUACUUCCUCUGUCUAUUGGAGUGUUCCAUCACCGUCAGGUACGCAAACGCCUUCAUACGUGUAUGCAGGAAUCUCGAGCCCUCCUGAUGGACCAGAAAGCACUGUCGUGUGCAGUUGAUUAGUUUGUUGAAUUGAUUGAUUCUUUUAGUAGUUUAUAAGAUUGUGGGUUUCUUGAGCAAGCGCCCGUGAAAGUUGCAUGGGGAGUAGGAGGGAUGGAAUUGCCACCAAGCGCAGGUGUUCCACUGCAUCAACAGGAGUUGGCCACAUUACUCCUUUCUCAGUGGAAGCGGCCCUCCCCUUUCGCCUUGUUUGGCUUUCCGUCUGGUUUCUAUGCUUCUCAACAUCUUUUUCGAUCCUCGUCGUGUCAUUUCCCUCUCCUCUUUGGUUGGUUAUUUACACUCUGACAUGUCUGUCUGCCUGGCGCUCCUGGCAGUGGUGGUCUCAUGGUUUUCUUCUCCUGUUCAACAGGUUUAGGCAUUGCGUGAAGGUGUAGGCAAAAGCAGUGGCUCUUGGAUGCUAUAUUGACUGAGUGGUAGCAUCACACCAGAACUUGGGCGCUUGUAUCUCAUUUUUGGCUAAGUGCUAGUCUCUUUUCGCGAUUAGCAAUAGUUAAAGAGUCGGUGGCCCAGCGUGGGGGAAGUUAUUCUUUAGAUAGCGUGAGCGUGCAGCAGUAGUCUCUGCGGUUGAUUAUACGAUGGACUGUCUCGUAUCUUGGUGUAUUGCCUGCCUGCCUGCCCACGAGCCCAGUUGCUCGGAAUUGGUAAUGUUUGGUCUUUUUUCUGCAGUUAACCGGAAUCGCUUGUAAAGCCAAUUUCUAGUGGAGAGGUCAAUGCUCAUGUUUGGUCUUUUGUGUGAACAACGAGUAGUUGACUCGUGUAUUUUAUGCGUGCCCGUGGACCCUACUGCCCCGUAGGAUCCAAUUUUCUUUUUUCCAGAAGUGUUGCCAUUAUUAUAUCCAGCUGGUUCCAUCCGGAUUUGAACUCGUGAUUUGUUCAUUGACCAUUUCGUGUGUGUACCUAUCUGCCAGGUGUGCUGUAGGAUCAACCUUGAUGAUAAUGCAAUCACGUGGCAAAUGGCCAUUUAUUGAUAUGGCAUUUGGUGAUUGGACAUUUGAUGCCAGGGGUGCAGCCCUGACACGUGUGUUCGUUAUUUCCAGCAUCGUUGCAGGCCGUUGAUCUGAAACGUGCCUAAAUUGUACGGCAUGGGUUUUGAUGGGAAGUGAUUGAUUGACGAGUUGGGAGUUCGCUAAGAGCAGCUGCUGUGAUGCGCUGUUGUAUCCAGACAAUGCAACUCCAGUCUUUCAGUUGCAAUGAUGCACAAUAAGUUCGACUCUUUUGAUGCGUCCUCUGCUGACCGAACGGAAGGAAGGAUGAUACCGGUGUCGUUGCCUUUGUGAAGCAGGCAGCCUACCUGUCUUGAUGCAUGUCUGCAUGUACAGACUCUUUAACUCCUUCAGACUUGGCCCAGCUUUUUACCGAAACAGUUUUGCAAAACUGCAUAUUUUGCUAGUCAAAGACUUAAACUGCCAAUGCCUUGCUUUGCUAAUGGUCUGGGCGGGGAGUCUGCAUUGCUCGGCUCCGUUGACUGAGGCAGAUGCUUUCAGCUCGCGGAGUUGGAUUGCCGAGGUUCGCUGAAGAAUGGCAGUGUGAGUAUGUCUGGAGAGAGGAGUGAGGAAAUCACACGACCAGAGCCGUUUGACAUUUACUCACUCUUUUGUGUUUACGCAGGGCGGUAUUUUUAAUUGGGGAAAGAUCUGGGGUGUGUGCGAUGCGAGGAAAUGGUGGCAACAAGUUUUUCCCCUCAUUUUUUGUCGGUUCCGUGUCCCCCCUCUAUUUGUUCAUUGCAAUAUGAGAGGACCGAGAAGCGUAUAGAGAGCUUGGAAUGUGAUUGAACGACUGCUUGUACUUGUGUCAGUGCUUUUCUUUUUUUUCUCGUUCUCAUAUUCUGUUGGGCAGGGUGCGGAUUCUCUGCAGAUACUUUUUUUUUUCUGGCUCUGGAGACGCCUGUUUUCUUCUGGAGAUGUCUUUUUUUUCUGGCUCUGGAGAUGCCUGUUUUCUUCUGGAGGUGUCCCUGCCCCCCCCCCCCUCCCCCCCUAGAGGUCAGCAAGGAGGCAGUGCAUUGAUAAAGCUAAGUUCCAAGAGAACCUUUCUGCCGCACGCAGUGCGCAGGGAAAGCUUCAGGUAUACGUCAGGAUUAAUGGCUGUUGGUAGGAAGGACAAACUGGCACACUCAAUACUGUUGAGUGCCGUCUUGGGUCUGCAGGAUGUGUGUGUGCUAUUGAAAUCUGCAGCUGGCUGAUCAGAUUCACUAUUGUCUUGAAACUACGGAGAUCUGUGUUCCGAAGGGCAUCGUCCCAUACGAACCAUUUCCGAACGAGUCUAGCGAUUUUGCGGCCGGAUAGACAUCCUGCAAAUGUGUGUGCAUACGGUCUUACUUGACAGCUUUUACGAGGGGCUUUCGGAGUGAUUUGGGCUUUUUGGCAGUGAUUUGAAACUGUUGGGGUGACAGAUUGCGUGGUAGAUCUACGUCUGGGAGCAAGCUUCAUUCAGGUAUUUGCACCCGAAUCAGGAUUGCUGGAUGUUGGAAGGGAAUGCAAUCUGGUGCUCAAUUCAAUUCUGUGAGAACAGUUAUGGGUCUGCUGGACGUGUGCUUUUGAAUUCUGUAGCUGGCUGAUCUAAUUUUCUAGUGUCUGUAAACUAGCGAAGGCUGGGUUUCUGAGGGCAUUGUCCCAUAAGAAAGAACCUUCACCGAAUGAAUGAAUCUGGCCUUC